AUGGUGCGCGGUGGGCUGACCAUGGUCGUCAUGGAUCGCAUCGAAGGUCAGAACGCGUUCAGUCGCUUCGGAAAAUCUUAUCCUCAAGACUCAGACUCGCCAUCUGAAGUUGAAGACUUGUCUUUCAACAAGGUGAAGGUAGAUGUGAAGAAAGCCGUAGACCUUCUCCACUCGUCCAACUUGGUCUUCGGGGAUCUGCGCCGCCCGAACAUCAUGGUUGUUCGGAGGCCGGGGACAGGUGACUCAUUGGAAUAUGAUGGCGGGAUGCUGAUCGACUUCGACUGGGCUGGGCCAGUGGGACAGACGAAGUAUCCCUCAGUAAUCAAUGACUCCGGGGAGAUUGAUUGGGCCGAAGGUGUGAAAGCUGGGACCCUCAUCGAAAAGCAUCACGACUUGGACGAGGUCGACACACCGGCGGAAGCUAGACCCCGGAAGCGGACGGCGUUGUUACUUACAGCAUUUGUCACCACGAACAGUGGAGAUGGAGUUCCCUUUGUUCGUGCCACGCGUGGGUCAGGAUUCUACGAGAAGGGAGCGCGAGAGGAUGGGCCGCAGGAGCAGGAUCGUCUGUCCGUCGGCUGA